GUUUGAUGCUAUAGCAGAAUACCCGAGACUGGGUAAUUUAUAAAGGAAAGGAGUUUACCCUUCUGAAGGCUGGAAGUCCAACACUGGGUGCCCCAUCUGGCAAGGACUUGUGUUGUGUCACCAUAGAGGGAAGCAGAAGGCGACCAGGCUCUGCAGGAGAGAGAAGGGCUGGGCUCACUUACCAGCAGCCUACUCACCCACUACCCUGAUAAAGGCAUUAACCUCUCCUAAUCCAAUCCCCCCUAACCUAAUCCUCUCCUAACCUCAUCCCCACUUCUCAACUGUGCAUGGGGGACCCAGUUUCAAUAUGAGCUUUGGGAGGGAUGAGCCACAUUUCAACCACGGCAGAUGCUGUCACUGUAGCAUCAAUUCCCAUGAGGAAUUCAAUCUGUUUUGGGAGAAUUGGCUGGAAGCUGCAGGUGUUGGAGCAGAGCACAUGCACAUAGGGUUUAGACACUAUUUCCUGAGGUCCACAGAGCUCAAUAGGACCCUUGGGGGGCAGCUUUGGAGCUGGAGCCAAGGGCACCCUGAGGCCAUGGGUUCACUUUGUGAAUUUGGCACUGUGUCACGCGCUGUCCAUGCACAGACAGUAUUUUGUUUAAUCCCAGGUGACUCCCUGAGGUAAGGACUAGUAUUAUCCCCACCUUACACGUGAGGACCCUGAGGCUGGAGAGGCAAAGACCCAAAAGGGCAACAGCCAGUGGGGGAGGGGACUCAGUUGCUGGCCUGUGUCCUUUGCCCAGCACCUGUUGCAGGGAGGCCAUCCCAGAGCCCUGUAGCAGCCAUGUGAGCCCGUUCUGGGUCAGCUGAGAGGCUUCCUUGGGCUUGGGACUCUGGCCUUUCCCGCCUCUGGCUGCUGACCCCACCCCCUGCACUUGGAGAACUCUAGGACCCAGCAGCCUGGGAAGGGUGGAGAGUGGAGGGUCCUUACCUUCAGGUCCUGCCCCCUUCUUUUCUAUCCAUCCGUUUUCUUUCUCCUCCACCUCUGCCCCCUCCCCUCCUCUCUCCCACCCUCACCCAGCUCAGCCCUUGGUCCCUGUUCCGCCCACAGUGUGGUCACGUGGGGCACCGCCGGAUUUAAGCUUAAUCUGCGGGGUGCUCAGCACUGCAGCCUGGCCUUGGGGCAUUCGGGCUGGGCCAGUCUUGGGGCCCUGAAGAAGGGGGCCGAGGAGUGCCCACAGCCACUCCCCCCAUGAACCUGGGGCUGGCGGGAUCGCUGGAGGCCCAGCUGGGACUGGAGACGGUUAUUCAGACCCUGGAGAGCAGCCUCCUUGGGCCAGGCCAGGAGAAAGGUCUACUCGUGCAGGACCCAGCCCGGGGCUCUGGACUCGGCAGCCUGCCCGCCCAGAUCAGGGAGAUUGUCACCCGAAACUUCUCCCAGCCUGGGAGCCCAGGCCCUCCGAAGGCCCUGGAGAUGGCAUCGCUGCUGUCACUGCAGGAAGAGAACCAGCUGCUGCAGCAGGAGCUGUCCCGUGUGGAGGACCUGCUGGCCCAGAGCCGCGCAGAGCGCGAUGAGCUCGCCAUUAAGUACAAUGCAGUUAGCGAGAGGCUGGAGCAGGCGAUGCAACUGGAGUCUGGGGAGCUGGAGACUCAGGAGCCCAGGGGGCUGGUUCGGCAGAGUGUGGAGCUGCGGAGGCAGCUUCAGGAGGAGCAGGCCUCCUACCGGCGAAAGCUGCAGGCCUACCAGGAGGGCCAGCAGCGGCAGGCCCAGCUAGUGCAGAGGCUGCAGGCCAAGAUUCUCCAAUACAAGACCAAGUGCUCAGAGCUGGAGCAGCAGCUGCUGGAGCGGUCCACGGAGCUGGAACGGCAGCGGCUGAAGGUGGGUGCCAGGGUGAGGCAAGACAGACCCUCAGCUCUGCCUGCCAGCCCUCAGGUUCCCCUUCCUGCCCAGGACAUGGAGCACAGCCAAGACCUGGAGAGUGCCCUCCUCCGCCUGGAGGAGGAACAGCAGAGAAGCGCCAGCCUGGCCCAGGUGAAUGCCAUGCUGAGAGAACAGCUGGACCAGGCAGGCUCAGCCAACAAGGCUCUGAGUGAGGACAUACGAAAGGUGACCAGCGACUGGACACGCAGCUGCCAGGAGCUGGAGCAGCGGGAGGCGGCGUGGAGGCAUGAGGAAGAGUCCUUCAAUGCCUACUUCAGCAGCGAGCACAGCCGCUUGCUGCUCCUCUGGAGACAAGUUGUGGGGCUCCGGCGGCUGGUCAGCGAGGCGAAGCUGUACACAGAGAGGGACCUGCUGCAGCUUGGAGGGGAGCUGACCCGGACAUCACGAGCUGUGCAGGAGGCCAGCCUGGGGCUGAGUGCUGGCCUGAAGCUGGCUGAGAGCCGGGCUGAGGCGGCUCUGGAAAAGCAGGCACUGCUGCAGGGACAGCUGGAGAAACAGCUGCGGGACCAGGUGCUCCGUGAGAAGGACCUGACCCAGCAGCAGGCACAGAGCGACCUGGACAAAGCCAACCUCAGCACCCGCAUGACAGAGCUGGCCCUGGCAGUGGAGCACCUUCAGAGCCAGAACCUGGAGAAGGAUCGGUUCAGCAAGGCCCUGGCAGAGAAGCUGGAGGCCCUGGAGUCUCUGCGGCUACAGGAGCAGGUGGCCCUGGAGACCGAUGACAGAGAGGGGCUGCAGCAGACCCUGAGGGACCUGGCACAGGCCGUCCUGUCCGAUCCUGAGAGUGGCGUCCAACUCAGCGGCUCUGAGCGCACGGCCGAUGCCUCCGAUGGCAGCCUGCGGGGGCUGUCAGGCCCGCGGACACCAUCCCCACCGCGCCGCUCCUCCCCCGGCCGUGGCCGUUCUCCCCGCCGAGGCCCAUCCCCAGCCUGCUCAGACUCCUCCACGCUUGCCCUCAUCCACUCUGCCCUGCACAAGCGCCAGCUACAGGUCCAGGACAUGCGUGGUCGCUACGAGGCGAGCCAGGAACUGCUCGGCACCCUGCGGAAGCAGCUCAGUGACAGCGAGAGUGAGCGGUGUGCCCUGGAGGAGCAGCUGCAGAGCCUGCGCCUCAAAUCGGAGGGAGCCGCCCAAGCCCACGAGGAUGCCCAGCGUGAGGCCCAGCGACUUCGCAGUGCCAAUGAGCUCCUAAGCAGGGAGAAGGGCAGCCUGGCCCAGAGCCUGCAGGUGGCCCAGCAGCAGGCCGAGGAGCUACGGCAGGAGCUGGAGAAGCUGCAAGCUGCCCAGGAGGAGCUGCAGCGGCAGCGGGACCGGCUGGAGGAAGAGCAGGAGGACAUGGUGCAGGAUGGCGCCCGGGCCCGCAGGGAGCUGGAGCGCAGCCACAGACAGCUGGAGCAGCUAGAAUUGAAGCGCUCGGGGCUGGCGAAGGAGCUGGUGGAGGUGCGGGAGGCACUGGGUUGUGCCUGCCUGCAGCGGGAUGUGCUGCAGGCUGAGAAGGCCGAGGUGGCUGAGGUGCUAACCAAGGCAGAGGCCGGCCGAGUGGAGCUUGAGCUGUCCAUGACCAAGCUGAGGGCCGAAGAGGCCUCUCUUCGGGACUCCUUGUCCAAGCUGAGUGCCCUCAACGAGAGCCUUGCCCAGGACAAGCUGGGGCUGAAUCACCUCAUCGCCCAGCUGGAGGAGGAGAAGGCCACCUUGCUGGGGAGGCAGCGGCAGGCGGAGCAUGAAGCCUCCUCGGCUCUGGAGGAGCAGCAGCGGCUGGAGCAGCUUCGGCUGGAACAGGAAGUGGAGCAGCAGGGCCUGGAGGGCUCCCUGCACUCAGCUGAACAGGCCCGGGUUGCACUGGAGCAGCAGCUUCUCAUGCUGCGUGAUGAACGCAGCUGGCUGCAGGAGCAGCUGGCUCAGCUCUCGAGACAGCUGAGCGGGCGGGAGCAGGAGCUGGAGCAGGCCCAGCGGGAGUCGCAACAGCAGGUGGAGGCACUGGAGCGAGCAGCCCGGGAGAAAGAGGCGCUGGCCAAGGAGCGGGCCAGUCUGGUUGUGCAGCUAGCGGCGGCGGAGCGUGAAGGCCGGACCCUGUCAGAGGAGGCCACACGCCUGCGCUUGGAGAAGGAGGCCCUGGAGAGCAGCCUGUUUGAGGUGCGAAGGCAGCUGGCUCAGCUCGAGGCCCGCCGAGAGCAGCUGGAAGCUGAUGGACAGGCCCUGCUGCUGGCCAAGGAGACCCUGGCCGGGGAGCUGGCAGCCCUGCGGCGGCAGAUGACAACUACAGAGGAGAAAAUAGCUCUGGACAAGGAGCUCAUGGCCCAGAAGCUGGCGCAGGCUGAGCGGGAGGCCCAGGCCUCUCUGCGGGAGCAGCGGGCAGCCCACGAAGAGGACCUGCAACGACUCCAGAGAGAGAAGGAGGUGGUCUGGCGGGAGCUGCAAGCAGAGCGGGCCCAGCUGCAGGGCCAACUGCAGCGUGAGCGGGAGGAGCUGCUGGCCCGGCUGGAGGCUGAGAAGGAGGAGCUGAGUGAGGAGAUUGCUGCCCUUCAGCAGGAGCGUGAUGAGGGCCUGCUCCUGGCUGAGAGUGAGAAGCAGCAGGCCCUGUCCCUAAAGGAGUCUGAGAAGACAGCGCUGUCAGAGAAGCUGAUGGGGACACAGCACAGCCUGGCUGCCAUCUCCCUGGAGAUGGAGCGGCAGAAGCGAGAUGCCCAGAGCCGGCAGGAGCAGGACCGGAGCACCAUGAAUGCCCUGAUGUCUGAACUUCGGGACCUCCGGGCCCAGUUUGAGGAGGCUGCUGCAGCCCAUGCCCAGGAAAUGCAAAGACUGCAGGAGCAGGCCCGGGACCUGAGCAGGCAGCGGGAGUCCUGCCUACUCGAGGCAGAAGAGCUUCGGACUCAAAUGCGCCUGCUAGAGGACGCACGGGACGGGCUUCGGCGGGAGCUGCUGGAGACCCAGCGCAAGGUGCGUGACAGCCAGGAGGGCCGAGAGGCCCAGCGCCAGGAGGCCAGCGACCUGCGGCGCAGUCUGAGCGAGGGUGCCAUGGAGCGCGAGGCCCUGCGGCGCUCCAAUGAGGAGCUGCGGGUGGCCGUGAAGAGGGCUGAGAGCGAGCGCAUCAGCCUGAAGCUUGCUAAGGAGGACAAGGAGCAGAAGCUGGCGCUCCUGGAGGAGGCUCGGGCAGCCAUGGGCAAGGAGGCUGGGGAGCUGCGCGCAGGGCUGCAGGAGGUAGAGCGCUCGAGGCUAGAAGCGCGACGGGAGCUGCAGGAGCUGCGGAGGCAGAUGAAGACGCUGGACUGUGAGAAUGCCAGGCUGGGCCAGGAGCUAGCAGAGCUGCAGGGCCGCCUGGCCUUGGGGGAGCGGACAGAGAAGGAGAGCCGGAGGGAGGCCCUGGGCCUUCGGCAGAAGCUGCUGAAGGGCGAAGCCAGCGUGGAGGCCACAAGGCAGGAGCUCCAGGGAUGCCAGCGGAAGCUGCAGGAACAGGAGGCCGAGUUCCGGGCCCGAGAGCGCGGCCUGCAGGGCUCCCUGGAGGAGGCGCGAAGCGUGGAGAAGAAGCAGCUGGACCACGCCCGCGGCCUGGAGCGCAAGCUGGAGGCAGCUCGGGCAGAGGCCGCAGAGCUGGCGCUGCGGCUGAGCGCGGCCGAGGGCCGGACGCAGGGCCUGGAGGCAGAGCUGGCCCGCGUUGAGGCGCAGCGGCGCGCGGCCGAAACCCAGCUGGGCGGCCUGCGCUCCGCCCUGCGCCGGGGCCUGGGCCUGGGCCGCGCGCCCGGCUCCCCCACACACAACUCGCCGGCGGGAGCAGAUGGAGGAGGGCUCAGCAGCCCCAGCCCCUUGGAACGCAGUGCUGGGUCCCAGCCACCAUCCCCAGGACCUGCCACGUCACCAGGUCCUCCAGACCUAGACCCAGAGGCAGUGCGAGGGGCCCUCCGGGACUUCCUGCAGGAGCUGCGGGGUGCCCAGCGAGAGCGGGAUGAACUCCAGGCCCAGACCAGCGGCCUCAGUAGACAGCUGGCCGAGAUGGAGGCUGAGAGGGACAGCGCGACUUCAUGGGCCAGGCAGCUGCAGAAGGCAGUGGCUGAGAGCGAGGAAGCCCGGCGCAGUGUGGACGGGCGGCUGAGCGAGGCCCAGGCGGAGCUGGCGCUGCAGGAGGAGAGCCUGCGGCGCAGUGAACGGGAGCGCAGGGCCACACUGGACCAGGUGGCCACCCUGGAGAGGAGCUUGCAGGCCACCGAGAGUGAGCUCCAGGCCAGCCAGGAGAAGAUCAGCAAGAUGAAGGCCAAUGAGGCCAAGCUGGAGAGUGACAAGCGGCGCCUGAAGGAGGUGCUGGAUGCCUCCGAGAGCCGCACCAUCAAGCUGGAGCUGCAGCGGCGAGCGCUUGAGGGAGAGCUGCAGCGGAGUCGCCUGGGCCUCAGUGACCGAGAGGCCCAUGCCCAGGCCCUGCAGGAUCGGGUGGACUCCUUGCAGAGACAGGUGGCUGACAGUGAGGUGAAGGCAGGGACCUUGAGGCUGACAGUGGAGCGGCUGAAUGGGGCCCUGGCCAAGGUGGAAGAGAGCGAAGGGGUCUUGCGGGACAAAGUACAGAGCCUGACACAGGCCCUGGCCCAGAGCAACACCAGCCUUACCAGUACCCAGGACAAGAACCUACAGCUGCAGAAGGCGCUAACAGCCUGUGAGCAUGACCGCCAGGUGCUCCAGGAACGGCUGGACGCUGCCCGGCAGGCACUGUCAGAAGCUCGGAAGCAGAGCAGCUCCCUGGGUGAGCAGGUGCAGAUGGUUCGGGGCGAGCUGGCCGACCUGGAGCUGCAGCGCUCAGAGGCAGAGGGCCAGUUGCAACAGCUGCAGGAGGUGCUACGGCAGCGGCAAGAGAGUGAGGCUGCAGCACUGCACACGGUGCAGAAGCUGCAGGAUGAGCGGCGGCUGCUGCAGGAGCACCUGGGCAGCCUGCAGAGAGCCCUGGCCCAGCUGGAAGCCGAGAAGCGGGAGGUGGAACGCUCUGCCCUUCGGCUAGAGAAGGACCGCAUGGCCCUCAGGAGGACACUGGACAAGGUGGAGCGGGAGAAGCUUCGAAGCCAUGAGGACACGGUGCGGCUGAGCGCAGAGAAGGGACGCCUGGACCGCUCGCUCACUGGGGCUGAGCAGGAGCUGGCCAAGGCCCAGAGGCAGAUCCAGCAGCUGGAGGCCCAGGUGGUGGCCCUGGAGCAGAACCACAGCCCAGCCCAGCUGGAGGCAGAGAAGCAGCAGCAGCAGCAGCUGGAGCUGCAAGAGGUGUCCACACUGAAGGGGCAGCUGCAGCUUGGAAGGAGCUCAGCGUCCUUCUCCCCACCCUCUGGCCCCCCCAAGAAAUGAGCCUCUGCCGGGCUGGCAUCCUCAGAGCAGCUGCAGAACGAGCUACCCAGGGCCUGGCUGUCGCUGCAUGGCAGUGCUGAGGGGUGGACACCAGCUCUGGACCACACCCAGCAGUAACUUCCCAGUGUCCUCCGGUGACCCACCUCACUCCAGCCCCUUCUCCUGGGACCAGCCACUCUAGUUUGUACAAGAGCUUCCCCGAGUGGGUGAGCCAGAGCCAGGCAUCAGGGAGAGCCCUAGUCUCCUGCCAGCCUAGAGCAGGAGCUCAUGGGAAGAGGAGGGGAGCCAGGCCCUGACUCUGACUCUCAGCAAUCUCUCCGCCUCAGUUCAGAGCAUUUGUCAGGAAACUCCUCAGAGAGCUCAGAGUCCUUGUAUUUUUGUACCUUUUUAUAAUGUUAACUGGUGACAACUUGUGUUUUUGGUAAUAAGACAUUUUCUAAAAUUGCCUUGUUCAGAGGGUACCCUUUGCCACACUGCUAGGUGCCUUCUCUACCCAGGAGGAGAUGGGAGGGAUGCAGGUGGGGCUGGGGGGCCUCUGGGAAAGGCAGCUGGGGACAGCAGGAGGCAGAGGCCUGUGUUGGUAAGGGACUUACCAACCUCCAGGAUGGUGUGGGUCCUGAGCCACCUAUGCCAUUUUACAGAUGGGGCUGUUGAGGCUUGGAGCUGUGAUCUGGCUGCACAAGUCCGCUCUUCCCAGCCAGACCCUUGCCCCUUCUCUCUGAGCCUCCUCGGGACAGGGCCCACUGGAUGGUGUGGGGCCUCCCAGGCAGCGUGUGACUACAGGCUCCAAGUGAGUGAGGGGUCUUGCCUGGUUGGGGCUGGGUGAAGCUGCUUCCUCCCAGAGCUUGGUGUGCUUGGCUGCAACGGGAACCUGCCCUGUGGGGGGUGAGUGGGAGGCUCACUGGGUGCUGUCACUGUCUCCAGGGGACACUGUGGUUAUUGUCCUCCCUCGGAGUCUCACACCAGUCCU